GCAGUCAGCUGACCGAGGAGAAAUUGCGGAGGGCAAUAAACAGCUGAUAUACUUUAUUAGCAUAGCUUGGGAUUUUCGCACGUAUACAUUACCCCCAAAGCAGAUUUUGAAAUAGGGAUGAGACUGUAGAAAUUGCUUCACAGAAAGGACAACAGAAAAGAUGGCAGGAAACAGCCUUGUGCUUCCCAUUGUUUUAUGGGGCAGCACAGCACCUACUCAUUGCAUUUCAACCUUACUGGUUAUGGAUGAUCUUGCAACCAUUGUCACAGGCUGUCAUGAUGGACAAAUCUGUCUGUGGGAUUUGACUUCAGAUCUGGAGAUCAGCCCUAGAGCACUUUUGUUUGGCCAUACCUCUUCAAUCACGUGCCUGUCUAAAGCUAGCUCAGGAAGUGAUAAGCAGUAUAUUGUGAGUGCCUCUGAAAGUGGUGAGAUGUGCCUGUGGGAUGUUAGUGACGGCCGAUGCAUAGAAUACACAAAGUUGGCUUGUACCCACACAGGAAUACAGUUUUAUCAGUUUACAAUUGGAACUCAGCGUGAGGGAAGACUUCUUUGUAAUGGUCAUUAUCCAGAAAUCCUGGUAAUGGAUGCCACCAGUCUAGAGGUUCUUUACUCUCUAGUAUCGAAGAUUUCUCCUGACUGGAUCAGCUCUAUGAGUAUUAUUCGUUCACAUAGAACCCAGGAAGAUACAGUAGUUGCUGUAAGUGUGACGGGGAUAUUGAAAGUUUGGAUCAUUACAACAGACGUCAACAGAUUGCAGGAUGCUGACCCUGUCUUUGAGGAAGAGUCCAAGCCAAUUUACAGCCAGAACUGUCAAUCUAUUUCAUUUUGUGCAUUUACCCAAAGAUCUUUAUUGGUUGUUUGCUCAAAAUAUUGGAGGGUGUUUGAUGCUGGAGACUAUUCUCUUUUAUGUUCAAUGCCCAGUGAAAGUGGACAGCUGUGGACAGGGGGUGACUUUAUCGCUGCAGAUAAGAUCAUUGUCUGGACUGAAGAUGGUUGCAGCUACAUUUACAAGCUCCCAGCAAGCUGUCUUCCUGCUAGUGAGACUUUUCGCAGUGACGUUGGAAAGACUGCAGACAGCCCCAUCCCUCCUUUAUUAUGUAGCAUUCUGGACAGAAAAGACAAACAGGACUUGCAAAGGUUUGAGGGGGAUACCAUUGUCGAGGUUUCACGUGAUCAUAUCUGUGACAUCGAGAGAGCCUGGGAGCUUUACACCCCUGAGCUGCUGUGCCACAUCCAGCCUAUAGAGGCUCCACUACUUAUAUGUCCACCGGUUACCCGCUUUUUUUAUGGCCGCAGGGAGCCUUUCCAUAAACUGUUAGUUCAGGGGGACUCUGCUGGAAGACUCUCAAUUUGGAGUGUUAUGGACACAUUUCAGGAGAAAGGUAAAGAAGUACAGGUUACAGCAUCAACAAGUCUUCAAGAGUCAUUUGAUAAACUGUCUCUUAAACCAGCUGGUAUUAUUGACCAACUAAGCAUGCUCCCUGGUACAGAAACACCUCUUAAAGUGACAGCAAGUGUAUAUAUUCCUUCUCAUGGGCGACUGGUAUGUGGACGAGAGGAUGGCAGUAUCGUGAUUGUUCCAGCCACUCAGACUGCAAUUGUACAGCUACUGCAAGGAGAACAUAUGCUCAGGCGAGGCUGGCCACCACACAGAACUCUUCGAGGUCACCGGAAUAAAGUGACAUGCCUGCUAUACCCUCAUCAAGUAUCCCCACGUUAUGACCAGAGGUGUCUUGUGUCAGGAGGUGUGGACUUUUCUGUAAUUGUAUGGGACAUUUUUUCUGGAGAAAUGAAGCAUGUUUUCUGUGUCCAUGGGGGUGAAAUCACUCAAUUGUUGGUCCCUCCAGAAAACUGUAGUACCCGAGUCCAACAUUGUAUCUGCUCUGUGGGCAGUGAUCAUUCAGUGGGAUUGUUAAGUCUGCGAGAAAGGAAGUGCAUUAUGCUGGCAUCACGCCAUCUCUUCCCUAUUCAGGUGAUAAAAUGGAGGCCAUCAGAUGACUAUUUAGUAGUUGGAUGUUCUGAUGGCUCAGUCUAUGUCUGGCAGAUGGACACUGGAGCUUUAGAUCGCUGUGUAAUGGGCAUUACAGCUGUGGAAAUCCUCAAUGCCUGUGAUGAAGCAGUGCCUGCAGCUGUUGAUUCACUCAGCCACCCUGCCGUCAACCUUAAACAGGCUAUGACUCGCAGAAGCCUAGCAGCUUUGAAGAACAUGGCUCACCAUAAACUGCAGACCUUUGCCACCAAUCUGCUGGCCUCUGAGGCUUCAGACAAGGGUAACUUGCCCAAAUACUCACACAAUUCUUUAAUGGUGCAAGCAAUGAAGACUAAUCUGACAGACCCUGAUAUGCAUAUUCUUUUCUUUGAUGUGGAGGCAGUCAUUAUACAGCUCCUCACAGAAGAAGCGUCAAGGCCCAACCCAACUCUGAUCUCUCCUGAGAUUUUGCAAAAAGCCUCUGGAAGUUCUGACAAGGGAGGAUCAUUUUUAGCAGGGAAACGUGCAGCCGUGCUGUUAAAACAGGUGAAAGAGACCAUCAAAGAGAAUAUUAGAGAACAUUUACUAGAUGAUGAUGAUGAUGAGGAUGAUGAACUUCGACGCCAGAGAAGGGAUGACCCCAAGUCUAAAUCUUUGACAUUGCUUGAAUACAACUUGACAAUGGAUACAGCAAAGCUUUUCAUGUCUUGUCUUCACGCUUGGGGUUUAAAUGAAGUUCUGGAUGAUGUCUGUCUCAACCGCUUAGGAAUGCUGAAGCCCCACUGCCCUGUCUCUUUUGGCCUCCUUUCCAGAGGUGGCCACAUGUCACUCAUGUUGCCAACCUUCAAAGAGUCUGUGGUUAGAAUGUCAUCUGCUGGUAGUGAUGCAACUGGAAGAAAGACAUCAGUGUCUGAAAUCCUGGGCAAGGGUACUUAUGGUGUCUCUCGAGCUGUAACCACCCAGCACCUACUGUCUGUAAUUUCUUUGGCAAACACUUUAAUGAGCAUGACAAAUGCAACAUUUGUUGGAGAACAUAUGAAGAAGCCUCCAGUCAGGCCACCAAAGCCAGGCACACCAGAGACAGCUAAAAAAACGUUCUCCCAAACUUCCAGUAAUGCCAUGCAAGGACAGAUCAAACAAGCUGCUCCACCUUUCUCUGCUGCUGCGAGCCCUGAGGCUGUUCACUGUGGCUCUGGCCCUGCUUUACAUACCUGUCCCUCAGUAAAUGAAGGAUGGAGUCAACUAGCUGCCAUGCACUGUGUUAUGCUGCCAGAUUUACUGGGGUUAGAUAAAUUUAGACCUCCUCUUCUUGAGAUGUUAGCUCGCAGAUGGCAGGAUCGUUGCCUAGAGGUGCGGGAAGCUGCACAGGCAUUGUUAUUGGCAGAGUUAAGAAGAAUUGGGCAGGCUGGCCGUAAGGAAACUAUAGAUACAUGGGCUCCAUAUUUACCACAAUAUGUUGACAAUGUCAUGUCACCAGGGGCAACAACUGAGGUUGCCCCAGUUGUUCCUGUAGGUGGAGAUUCUCUGGGCCCUGAUGUAAAAGCAACUGAGGAAGAUGGGGACCUGACAGAUGACGACAUCACAGCAGGGUGCCUUUCUGGUCUCAUGCCUCACAUGAAGAAAAUUUCAACCUCAUAUGAAGAAAGACGAAAACAAGCAACUGCCAUUGUUUUGCUUGGAGUGAUUGGGGCCGAGUUUGGUGCUGAAAUUGAGCCUCCAAAACUGUUGUCUCGACCUCGCACUGCUUCCCAGGCUCCUGAUGGCUUUGGGCUGACUACAGGCGGUUCCAAUUACUCACUUGCCCGGCAUACCUGCAAGGCUCUCACAUUUCUUCUGCUGCAGCCACCCAGUCCCAAACUACCUGCACACAGCACCAUACGCCGAACUGCAAUUGAUCUCAUUGGACGUGGAUUCACUGUCUGGGAACCGUACAUGGAUGUCUCGGCUGUACUUAUGGGCCUUUUGGAGCUCUGUGCUGAUGCAGAAAAGCAACUUGCUAACAUGACAAUGGGCCUGCCUCUCACCCCAGCAGCAGAUUCAGCCCGCUCAGCUCGACACGCUCUCUCACUCAUUGCCACGGCCAGACCACCAGCCUUCAUAACAACCAUUGCCAAGGAGGUUCAUAGGCACACCGCUCUUGCUGCCAACACUCAGUCUCAACAGAAUGUGCACACCUCCACCCUGGCACGAGCCAAGAAUGAGAUUCUGCGAGUCAUUGAAAUCUUGAUUGAGAAGAUGCCCUCUGAUGUUGUUGACUUACUUGUAGAGGUUAUGGAUAUCAUAAUGUAUUGCCUUGAAGGAUCCUUAGUCAAGAAGAAAGGCCUUCAGGAAUGUUUCCCUGCUGUUUGUAGAUUCUACAUGGUGGCCGAUUGUGAAAGAAGCCACCGAAUCGCUGUUGGAGCUCGGCACGGUUCAGUGGCACUGUAUGAUGUUCGGACAGGGAAAUGCCAGACUAUUCAUGGACAUAAAGGACCCAUAACUGCUGUGUCGUUUGCUCCAGAUGGGCGCUACCUAGCUACAUAUUCCAAUGCUGACAGUCACAUUUCAUUCUGGCAGAUGAACACCUCACUUUUGGGAAGCAUUGGCAUGCUGAAUUCUGCCCCUCAAUUGCGAUGUAUGAAAACUUACCAGGUGCCACCAGUCCAGCCUGCAUCUCCUGGCUCUCAAAAUGCUCUCAAGCUGGCACGCCUCAUCUGGACAUCAAACCGCAACGUCAUCUUAAUGGCACAUGAUGGCAAGGAGCACAGAUUCAUGGUCUGAAGAACCUGGCCUUCCCAGUAGACCCAGCACCGCUCAGGAUGUGCUGUUGGAGCCUUGAGCCUUGGAAGUUGGGAUUUCUGCUGAUCAUGUAGUCUUUUUGAGAUUGUUUACACUUUUUGGUUGUUUACACAUAAGUUGCUGCAUUCUUGAAAGGUUUUUUCCUUUUAUUAAAUACAAAGGAAAGGUCACACAGUCAAUGACAGUAACAUAAGGAGCCAGCAGAAAGCUGCUGUUGUAGUCAGCUAUUGUUUAUUAUAAUAAUGUAUGUAUGGUCUUUUAAUUUUUGAAUUCUAAGACAUUGCAGGAUAUAGAUGAGUGAUUUCAUCUGCAAAAAUGAAGUUGUUUAAUGAAAUAUACUGUAUAGAGAACAUAUCAGAAUAUGUGACAUGAUAUGAAGAAAGACCAAUUUACUCUGUAUAUCUUGUUAUUUAAGUUUUUGGCUCAUUUCCUCAAAGUGAGAAGAGACAAAUUACAUUCAUAGGAGUACCUAAUAUUUUCAAUGCAAUGAAAGGCUUUCUUUUCCAUCGACUUUAUGAGCAAUUUGUAUCUUCCAGGUAGUGGAUUAAUUGGUCUAAUUGUAUCUGUCUUAAGAUGUACUCCAGCCUUUGGCACUUCCUUUUGCACUUUUCAAAAGGACAUUCUUAUUCCGUUUUCAUGUGACACUGAAAAAUAGCAAACUGCUGUAUGUGAUUGAUUACUUUGCUUUAUAAUUAUAUUUUUCAGUUUUUAUGGUAGACUUCAGAUGUACAAAAGUAACUAAGUUCAACAUGGAAUAUUCUUUCAGUUAUGACAGCAGUAUGCCACUGCUUACUUAUAACCCAAUUUAUCGUGGCAUGUAACUUCACAGGCAGUUACCAGUAGAUUGUUCUGUUUUUGUCAUCACUUUAAUUUGAGUAUUGUGUGCAGGGGCAAAAGAAGUACAUCGUAACAGCUCAAGCAUGUUUUGAGUGGAAAGGAUUAGUUUGAUAUGUCCAAAUAAUUAUUACAUGUAGAGCUGAAGCCCGCUGGUAUACUCAUUCAUGGCUGGGGAUGCUGCAUCAUGGUGGCUAGCCACUGAAUGCACCUGUGACAUUUACUGAAACGGUCAAGAUCUAAGAGGAAUUAUAUAACAGUCAGAUUGCGAGGGCAAGUGGCCAAUAGUUCUUAUCAUCCAAGCAGGGUACGCUGGGUAAAUCUUUCUUUAGGCAGCCUCUUUGUUUUCGCCAGGAUUUUACAGCAAAGUACAGUAAUAUUUCUUUCCAAGUAUUAGAAAUCGAUUGCCUUUUUACAGUGCUGGAGUCAAGCAGCCAUAGGUUUAUGAUAAGAAAGUGUGGUUUGUUUCAUGGAGGUGUGACCUUCCAUUGUAAAGGAUACAGAGACAGAAACCCCUCAAUUUACGUUUCAUUCCUCCAGGAAUAUUAUGCAAGGGUAACCUGUUAAAUCUUUGGCAACCAAAGUGGGGCAUUUUAAUUUAACAUUGUCGGGUCUAAAGCUAGGAAGUAACUGAUAACAAUUAAGAGUAUUCUGCACUUGUAUCAUUAAGAUGAGACAGUUUCUCUGACAGGCAUGUGUCACACUCUUAUAAGUUUAAAAUGAAAGGCUUUGAUCAAUUACCUGGAAGAAAAUAACUCAGCAGUAAAAAUAUCCUGACAUCAGGUUGUAAAUACACAUUUCAAGCAGAUGUCAUUUCCAUAUGGUAGUGGCACAGCUUCACAGAUCUUUUUGCAUGUGAUAUCAAAUUCAUUGUCUCAUGGUGCGUUUCCAUUGGAAUUAUGAGACGCUAAGCAUCAAUUCCAUAUUUUGAAGACUGUGUGCCAUCGGGUGCUGCGAAAGUAAGGUAGCACACACAGUGUUUGUGGUUAUGGGUUAAAGGUGAGUGGUAUCAGACAACAGCUGCCACAACUAUAGGCUUUGGCAUUUAAUAUUAAAAAAGAACUCGCAGACGACUGUUGUCAUUUUAAUAUGUCUGAAAUCUUUUGUUUUCUUAGCAACUUAUGGUUUGCAAACAAGAUCUUAAAUGGCUAGACCUAAGGCCACCACCUGACGAGUAAAUCUCUCAUUUGGCUGAAUGUUGAAGGUUUCGUGUUGCAGCCAGCAUUUUCAGCUUUAUAAUCGCAGUCAAAAUCGGUGGGCACUGCAGUGCAUGUGGCAGUGUUUCACCUCCUGGAUGAUAACCCGAUUUGGAGGCAGGGUGUCUGAAUUUCACCAGAUAUUGUUCAGACGUUCCAACUGAGCAGCCUGUACACCAGCCAAGUAGGAGCUGGUGGGGGGCAGGGAGGUUGGGGGUACCAAAUUUACACAUGCCAGUCAGGCUGAAGCCUUUCACCUGAAGUCAGCUGGAAAGCUGUCAUGUUUCCUUGUUUGCUGCUCCAGCUUUCAGUGCAGCUACAGUCUUAAUAGGCUCCAGCAAGUGUGCCGCUCGCCUCUGUUUAAAUACUGGCUCUCUGCUCCCUAGUACACAUAUUGUGUAUCUCAUGUGCUUGUCCAUUUUUCCCCUUAUUAAAACAGCUAAUUUAGUGCCAAGGUGGAAAAAGUGUCAGUCUUUGCUUGACAGGAUAAAAGACUUAACUGCUCAUUUUCAAAAGAGAGGGAUGCUAAAUUUGGCUUUGGCUGUUUGCACAGUUAACUGGGACUUCAUAAGUUUAUCACAGAAAUGACUGCGUGUAAAACAGGUAUAUGUGUCUAUGUGCAGGGAAAGGGAUUGGGGAAUGUGGAUUAAAUACAUUAUGUCACAGUUUACUCCAUCAUUGUGCUAAAAUGCUGACUUUACUAAUAUUAUUGGGAAUGCUCUAAUUAAAAAUAACAAAUCUACUAAAGCCAUAAUGCAUCUCUUAAAGACAGUUGACGCAAACUGAGACGAAGGGGGUUUGGUCCUUGAAAUAAGACUGCUCUCCGCUUCCGUUACUCCCCCUAAGAAGAGGAUGCAUCCUGACCGUUUGCUGCUGCUGUCGCCACUUGACAAGCCUUUAAAAUGCAAUCAACGAGGUUGGUUUCAGGCUGCAAACAUUAAGAUAAUAAAAGGAAAAUGAUUACGCUGUUGUGCUCCCGGACCCAGUGCUUCUUGCAUUUUCAAUGCUCUGCUCUCAGCGCCGCAGUAAAAUUUGUAUUGUCACUCCUGUGUAAGCUUUUAACAUUUUAUUGAUUUGUUAGUACUGUAUUUGAAACUGUCCUUCUUGUAAAUGUAGAUGCAUAAGUGGCUUCAUUGUCAAUUUAUUUGUAGGAGAUAUGACAUAAUGCAGUAAUUCCUGGUUGAUGUGCAGUAGUAGCUGUGAACCCACUAUGUGCUGAACAGUACAUGAUAAUAACACGUGUGCACUCACACUCAUUUGCAGAUUAGGCUGAGUAUGUACUGGAAAUGUUAUUGUAGUGUGUACAGUCCUGUGUUCAAUAAAAUAUAGAGAAACAAAA